UCGUAUCUGACUCUUACUCUUUCUCUUUCUCUCUCUCUCUCUCUCUCUCUCUCUCUCUCUCUCGUUUUUUGGUAUCUUCGCCUUCGUAUACUUUUCUUCUUCUUUCUCUCUCACCUCUGUCUCUGUUAUCCGCCGAAUCGAAGGCUUUUAUUCUCGUUUUCAGGCGACAUUUGCAGAGACGGAGGUUUCACCGUUCAUUGCAGGACAAUCCAUUUGCUUCUCCUAGUGCCUCUGUGUCGAACUAAAUUUCAUCUUUGUUUUGUUUUUUGAUCCCUUUUUUUUUUUUUUCAUUCAUCUUGAGAGCUCUGUUUCGUUGUAACUGUUGGUGUAUCUUGUAACCGUAAUUGGAAGUUCGCCUUUUUCAAUUUUUUUUUUUUUUUUUGCCCUUUGCGGCUGCUCUUAUUUUCUCUGCUGAAGCGAGAAGAUUGUUUUAUGGAUUUUUUCCCGGUUCAACAAGGGUGUGGUAAUUUGGUUGUGGUUAGAUUGAUUCCUCGAGUGGAACGAAAGGCCUCUGGAUUGAUCUUGGUUGUUGACGGAUCAUUUAUUUCUAGGGUUUCUGCGAUGUUUUGCAGUGAAGAAGUUGGAUUUGGAAGAGUGAAGUAGUUGAUUGUGUAUUUGUUUUGUGCUUUGCGCCGAUCAAGAUUCAUUCUGUGCAUUUACGAAGGGAGGGAUGAUCUUCGGCUCUGAGUUCCUUGUGAAGAUGAAUGGGAGAAUGGAAAACAGUAUCCUCUUGUAGAUCUUCGGUGAAUCUGUUUCUGUAGGUGGAUAAGUUUGAUUCCAUUUCCUCAGGUUGAAGAGGAACUGGGAUUGUAGGGACGGAAAUAUCCCAAUUCAGUCUGAAGGGAGGCGAAUUUCAAACACUAGAUCUGCUUCUGUGGAACGCAGGGGAGAUUUCUGAGUGCUGAAGUAGCUAAAGAGUUCUUUAACUAUGGCCGUUCAGGAUAGUAGCGGAGGCACAUGUACACAUGCUGGUAACAUCCGUGACGAUCCUGUUUGUUUGGAUGUCGUCACACAAUCGGUAACUGGAGUCCAACUGAAGGAGAUGUAUCCCUCUGGAGAUGAAUAUGCACCCAAGGCGAGAAAACCUUACACAAUCACAAAACAACGAGAAAGAUGGACAGAGGAGGAACAUAAGAAGUUCCUGGAAGCCUUAAAGCUUUAUGGCCGUGCUUGGCGUCGGAUAGAAGAACAUAUAGGCACAAAGACUGCUGUUCAGAUUCGAAGCCAUGCUCAGAAGUUUUUCUCUAAGGUGGUCCGGGAGUCAAAUGGCAGCAAUGCACCAACCGCUGUGAAGCCAAUUGAGAUUCCUCCUCCCCGUCCUAAGCGGAAACCAAUGCACCCUUAUCCCCGUAAACGAGUUGUUCCAGUCAGGAAGGGGAAGUCAGUUCCAGAGCAACAAGAAAGGUCUCCAUCCCCAAAUUUAUCCGUUUCAGAGCAAGCAAACCAAUCUCCAACAUCAGUUUUUUCUGCAGUUGGGUCAGAUACAGCAGGGUCAUCAUCAGCUUCAAGUUCACCAGGUGGUAGUCGUUCACCAGUUUCAUCUGCUACCGGUGCUGAUACUAUCAAUUUGUUACUUACCAAACAAGGGAAUAGACACCUGCCAUCAACUUCAUUGGCAGAAGCUGAAAAUGGAUCUUCUCCGUCAGUCCUGGUUACUGCUGCUCCAAUUUUACAGGACCAAUCUUCCAUGAACCUGAAGAAAGUUAACUUGGAAUCCAAAGAAAGUACAUGUACCAAAGAAGAUUCAACCUCAGCACCCACAAUUAGUCUUAAGUUGUUUGGAAUAACAAUGUUAGUUAAUGAUUCCCACAACCCAUGUUCGUCGAAGGUUGAAACUCGCAAGUCACUGCCCUCUGAAAACUGUCAGGAGAACCUUGACAGCGAUGAGGAAAAGCCUGUGCAGACACAACUUUCCUUGGAGACAAACAAGAACCCUUGGACUCCUUGGGCCUGUGGAACUCCGCCAGUGUUUCACCAUAUGCAAUUGCAGAAAGAAAGCCAGCACCCACUAGAAGCCGCUUCUGCUGCUGCACUGCCUUGGUGGGCAUCAUAUGGAGAUUUACUAUAUCCUUUUCUUCAUCCUCAGAAUCCAAACUCAACUCAUACUCCUCCAGAUUUUUGUCUGGAAGGAGAUUCAGAUGACAAGGAUAUUCACAAAGAAGGAUCUUGGACUGGUUCAAUCACAGAAUCGGUGGAUGAUGUUGCCUUAGGGGACAGGAAUUGGGAUGUUGUCGAUUCCCUAAGUAGAGAAAGAGAGCUUGGCAUGUUUUUCCGGUUGAAACCGAGUGAAACAUCAGCCUUCUCUGAGCCAAAAGCCAGCCCCAGCAAGUGCACAAAGGGGUUUGUACCAUAUAAAAGAUGUAUAGCAGAAAGAGAUACGCACUCGGCAAUAUCAAUUGGGGAAGAACGGGAGGGACAGAAAAUCCGGCUAUGCCUGUAGCCAUACACAGUCGGAUGAUCUUCCCAGUACCCACAUUUGCCUUUAUUUUUUUUGCAGAGAUGUUUGUUCUUUUAACAAUUCGGGAAGCUGAUUCAGGCAGGUAUUAGCCAAGAUACAGGGUGGUUUCGGCAGUUGGAUAAAGUGAGAAAUGAGAUGGAAUUAGGAUGGGCCAAGCAACCAUCUCUGAUUCUUAUAAAAAUAGUUGUUCUCUUCA